AUGGCGACGGAAAAGUCGGAAACUUCAAUGAAUUUUUCGGCAGAUCAAUUUCAACUCCUGUUAAUGCAGCAACAGAAACAGAUGGAGGCUCAACUGAAACUGAUUGAAUCACUGACGCAGCAGCUCAACCUGCAAACAACAGAAUCAGUUUCACAUGAAAUCCCCUCUAGCGCUGCCGAAAUGCUUGCAAAUUCCAUCACUGAAUUGAACUAUGAUCCUGAAACUGGUCGCACUUUCGAGGCGUGGUUCAAACGCUGGGAAGAUGUGUUCCGAACAGAUUUCAGUUUUCAAGAUGAUGCAUGGAAAGUGCGCCUACUGGUCCGAAAACUUGGAACUACUGAA